UGAGCUUGAACAUCAUCGUCUUUCCAGUGUGAACAAAAGAUGGGAAUCUGGUUGUUCUCUGCUUUCCAUAUUUUCAAAAUCCAACACAAUGCUCAAGAUGUUAAAGAAUUUCCACACUUUUCCACAUGAAAUAAUCAAUUGAAUCCAACACAUAUAUGUGUAACUACCAACAUUUCAGAAUUGACUUUCACAAGUUUGAUUCAAAUUUGAUGGAUGUAAAAUCAACAACCAAAAUUACAAUUGGAUAUUCAGAAAUGUGUUGGUGUUAAAUUAAUAUGACAUCGACAGCAAAGUCUGCUGGACAGUAACAGUUCCACACCAUUCUGAUUAAACAUUCAAAAGUUUAUUUCUAAUCAGUGAAUCAGUGGAUGAUCGACAAGAAAUAAUUGAUAACUGUUCAGAUUCAUAAUUCAAAAAGGAAUUCGUCAUCAAUGGAUAUAAGAUACACUCGAUGUGUUAGCGAAGUGUUUGGAUUUUUGAAGGAAUAUGAAUGCCAGAAUUGUAAACAGUCAAAGGUGACUGUUGAAGGUAGAUGUAGUAAUGGGGAAGUGAAGAUGACAUCCUUGAUAAAGAAAUCCGUCAGUGACUCAGUGCUCACUGAAUCACACAAAAACCUCGUAUCAACUAACAAGUGCUCAUGUCAGUUGAUAGAAGAAUGUGUCAAAAUGGAAAGUGGUGGAAACGAGGAGACAACUCUAGAACACAGUGGGAAGACAACUGUAGAAGAUAGUGGCAUGAAAAACAGUGCACGGUGCAGUGAAUCCAAUUCAGAUGUAAAACAACAUAUGGAUGGAGAAUUACAACAGAGUAGUAAAGAUGGUGUUACACUAAAUCAGUUUAAGCCAAAUGGAAAUAUUUGUCAAAGUGAUGGGCCUGUGAAUUAUAGUGAAACUGCUUUAAAAACAAAUGGUCACAGUGAUAUAGAACUUAAACUUUCAGAUGAAAAUAUCAAUUCAGAUGAAAAUGCUCCAUCAGAAUCAGCAAAAGUACAAACUAAUGAUGACGACAGGGCUAUUGAAUUGCGGAAAAAACCCCAAACCACAAAUCAAUCGAGAAUUAACACAGCCGUUAUCAGCGAGGUGUUUAACUUCUUGAAAAUUGAGAAAGACAAAUUGAGUGAAAUUAUGGAAGGUAAUGAAGAAUUGGGAAACAAGACAAGUGGCCAGUGCAAGGCUUCAGUGAUGUCCGAUGUCGGGGAACAGCAUGUGGAGAUCCCUGUUGAGAACGGAACGGGUGUGGUGGAAUCGCGGCAGACGGACAGGGGAGGGACAGACGGUACUCGGGUGGUUAUGAGGAAGUCACAUCGGGCAGUGAGCAGACAACUGGCUGUUGGUGAUGACCCCAAUGAUUCCUCUGAUGAAGAUGCAGGUAUCUAUGACGAGACUGUACGAAGGUCAAGGUGGAUCCGUGUGGAGGAGGAUGGCCAGCUCAGUGUCGUGGGAUUGAGCGACUCCGACAGUCUCGACAGAAAGACAUGUGACAGCAACGGGCUAGCUUUACGCGAGAGCACACCUGAAGAUGUCUUUGUGCGGAAUGGCAGCCUGUCUCCACGAACGAUAAAGGCUCACAAGCGAUCCGACUCGUGCAGCACAACUGUGUCAGAGCGGGAGUUCAAGCGGGAGUUUUCGUCCACCAAGAAAUGCUUGAUACAGCGCAACAACAGUCAGCAAGAAUACCAUCGAUACUCGUGCAAAGUUUAUGACCAGGAGAAGGUGAUAACAAUUCAGAAGUCGGAGAUAGACACAGACUUUGGUCUUCACCUUCUCGACUGUCAGCCGGCCUUCAUCACCUCAGUGGAUCCAGGUAGCCCUGCCGAACGAGCCGGGAUCGUGGAAGGACAGAUUGUCAUCUCCGUCAACGGGGUCAAUGUUCUCGAGUCCACCCAUGAUGAAUUACUGCGGUUAAUUCAACAAAUGCCCUCUGUUGUGGCGUUGGAGGUUGCGUUCAGCGACUACCAGCCAGUGCGUAACAUCCAGUCGACGGAGUAUGAGGGAUACAUGUACAAGCUGGGCUCGUCAACGCUCGUCAAGAAGUGGAACAAGAGAUACUUCAUACUCCGGCAAGACAACUGUCUCUAUUACUACAAAACCCACAAGGAUGCUGACCCGCUGGGAGCGAUUCCACUCUGUGGAUACAGCAUCUUGCGGUACCUCGACACCAAUAAAGAUUUCUGCUUCAAAGCGGAGAAAUACAAUGCCCGAACAUACUACUUCAUGACGGAUGGACGUGACGAUCUCACCAAUUGGGUUGGAAAACUGACAGAAGCAGCAGCAAGAUCCAAAAAGAGGAAGGACUCCUGGCUAGAAGUGAGUAGUCACAACGUGGGACUACCCGCUCUCGAGAUUCGUCGCCCGGAGUGCACGGGAUACCUCGUCAAGUGUUCCCCACGCUACAAGACCUCGAAGAAACGCUACUGUGUUCUGAAAGACGCCUGCCUUUACUACUACAAGAACAUGAACUCAUUCAGUGCUCAAGGUAUUGCUCAUCUCCAUGGUUACACAAUAAACCCAAGCUAUAACACGACCAAACGACACAGCUUCGCUCUAAUUCCACCAGAAGAAUUCAUGCGGAUAUUUUACUUCCAAGCAGAAAACGAAACCGAUAAAAACAGAUGGGUGGAUUCACUGAUAAGAUCCAUACAGCGCUGGAAGAAAGUGGACUAAUCACUGACAAGUUUACAUCUGCCUGGACCAAUGGUUGCAAGGUGGGUAAAGUCUCCAAUAAGAAGAUCAGCGAAGGAUGAAAGACUGGCUUGAAACCUGAAAUAUUGAGUUCAAGUUUAUAUCAUCUUUCUGUGUUUUUUAAAUGAACAGUUUGUCAUUUUCUGUCGAAGCCCGGCCAUGUAGUACUAUAGAUGUGUCACAAUGUUUGGAAGCUUAUAAAACAAAUAUUAGAUUUGCAGAGAAUGCAAAGUCUAAAUUAAUUAAAUUCUGCUGGGAUUACUUACAGCUACUUGCCAAAUGUAGGAAAAGUACAUAGAGAUUAUUACAUGAGCUUGUGUUUCGUACUGAUUCUGCAAAAUGAGUGUCAGGAUUCUGGUAAUACAUGAAUCCUGACAUGAGUUUCGUAAAAUCAGCACGAUUCACACACGAAUGUAAUAACUUCUUUAUUAUCCACAUUAUUCAUAAUAGUUUUUUUAUGAAUAACAAAGACCAUUUCAAAAUGUUUCAAAUGUAACUUGAAGAAGACGACGAAAUGACAUCAUUUUGUAAGCGAUUACAUAGAGCUACGGCUGGAGACGCCGCAUUGCGUUAGAACGUCGCUUCCCAAAAUGACAUCAUUCGAUGUGCACAUGAAAUCAUUAGGACACAUAUGAGUCAUACUGGUUAUAUUUCCCUGAAUAUCUUGAACCAUGUGAAUAAUAAAUAUGGUUAUUUGAUUUGCAAACAAUGCAAAUUUAUAAUUAUAUUACUAAAAUUUGGUACAGGUAUCAACUUUGAGAUAUAAUUAUAUUUAAUUUGUGAAUAAUGCAAAUGAUUAAAAAAAGAAAGAUAGCAACAUAUCAAAAGAAAUAUUAGGAUACAUGAAAUAUUAGGAUACAUGUACGUAAUAUAUAUUUUUUAAUAUUUGAUUUGUAAACAAUUCAAAUAAAAAUAAUCAAAUUAAUUAACAUAGACAUGUACAUGUAUGUAUCAAAACAAGCAACGUGAUGUUGAAAUAAAACUAGAUGUAAUCAAAUUUAGUUUCAGAUCAAAACAAAGUAAACAUCAAAAGAAAUAUAAUAUAUUAGCUGAUUACAAUGGAGAUUACUUAUCUGUGAUAAACUAUAUAAGCUGUAUUUCAAUAAAAAGGUAAUUUGGAAAAUAGGGUGGUUUCAUGUGAAAAUACUUACUAUAGUCAUAAUUUUAAAUAUAUUUCUGAGUUUAGCAACACAGUAUAUUGUUCAUCUAUUUAAUCAGGUUUGUAAGGUGUUAAAAAAUGUAAUAAAUUGUAACGGAUGAUCUAAAAUACAUUUAAUUAAAAAUAGUGCUAUGACAUAAGCUGUGUCCAUUGUUGAUAUUUAAUCUACAUUUGCUGUAUGGCAAACGUAUUGUAUAAUUAUUAUGCUAAAUGAUAAGAAAUGCUUACAAUGUAGCAGUUAUAUUUUUUAAUUUAAAACAUUAAAAUAGAAUAUAUGUAUCACCACCACAUAAACUACAUGUACUUCUUUCGGUUCAUAUUUAAUCAGGUGUGCACAGUGGCGGAGCGUGGGUGGUGCCACCGGGGGUGCAAAAUUCUGGACUGGUGGAAGGGGGCACAAUACUUGCCUUGCCUUGGGCGCUGGCAACCCACGCUACGCCACUUGUAAUUAUAAGAAAAAUGAUCUAAAACAAUGGACACAAAUUGGUGCUACCAUAUAUACAUAUACAUAUACAUAUAUAUUGGGUUUUUUAAAAGUGAUAUUUAAAUUGUAAUUACAGCAAAUGAGGUAAAACAGAAUACGAGAAAAUUACUGCACUGCCAUACAUACAGUACUUGUUUAAGUUGUGCAUAUCAAAUGUGCUUUUAUCGCAUGCCAGUCUUACUGUAUAAUGCCACAUGAUCUGAAUCAAAAAACCGGUGGAUUCACAUACACUGUUUUAAGCUAUUCUUUUCAUUUUGUGACAGCACUGGAAGGAAACCAGCUAGUCUUUUGAGAUCAUAUAUAUAGUCAUCCGUAUCUAAAUUACAUGGGGUGGGACGUAGCCUAGUGGCAAAGUGCUUGCUUGAUAUGCGGUCAGUCUAGGAUCGAUCCCCAUCGGUGGGCCCAUUGGUGGACCCAGUCAGUACACCAUGAGUGGUAUA